AUGGUGGGGAUGGGCUGCCCUGCUGGCGUGGGACCCCUGGGUUAUGAUCCUCACCGCAGAGUGUUCCAAACCCCUCUGUGUUCCGGGAAUGCUCGGAAAGGGCUAUGGAUCCACCUUGCUGCCCAAUCCCCUGUUGCCAUGGUAACAGGAGGCCCUGCUGAACCUGCAUCCCUCACCCAUCCUCCUGCAUCCCAUAUCCUCCCUCCUGCAUCCUUCAUUGUCCUCCAUCCCUCACUGAGCAUCCUGCAUCCUUCCGUGUCCAUCCUGCAGCCCUUGUCCCCCCAUCACAUUCUUUGUCCUUCUGCCACCUCCUGCACCCCACAACCCCCCUGGCCCUGUUCCCAGCCCUCCUGGGGGGUUAUUCCCAUCCCAGAGCUUAUUAUUUCCCUCCCGGGGGGGUAUUUACACCACAAGGUCUUUGCAGAGCUGGGCGGUGGGGAGAGGGCUGCACCCCGCAGUGGGACCCCUAUCGGGGGAAGGAUGGGGGGCCCCUCUGUGGGGUGUGGGAGUGAUGGAGCAGUUAGGGGCAGGGGCCAGGAUAGGUUCUGGGGUCUCACUGCUGCCUGGGUGCUGAUGUGGGGGUGUUGGAUCCCCCCCAAAAGGAAGCAGAGGGAUCUCGGGGUGUUUGGGAGCCGCCGUGGGGCAGCUUUGGGGGGGACAAGGACACUGGCGGCCUCUGGCCCAGGUCCUGCGCUGUGGGGGGCUGAGCCCAUGGGUGCUCAUGCACACCGAGGCGGGGGCGCAGUGAGGUGGGGGGAGAAGGGGGCUCUGCUGCCCCCCCCGCACUGUGCACACCCAUCCGUGCACACACGUGGUGUGGAUGAAGGCGGCACGGAGCCGUCGCGCUCUCAGCACCAGCCUCACCCACCGGGGGGGUGACGAGGGGUCCCCAGCCCCGUGUCCCCCCCAUGUCCACGGGUGCCGGUGCCCUGGGUGCCCCCCCGGCAGGUGCAAGGGCGGCUGCAGGCGCUGCAGUGCUGGAGGAGGUGA